UCAUAGAUAACCCGGAAAAGUAAAUGAUUUUCUGUUGCCAAAAUAGUUAUGCUAGUUGACGAGUCUCUCUCCGUUUUCAAAUCCCACCAAUCACUUUUAGUUUCUUUUACCAUUUUUAUCUAUUUUUUUUUUUUUUAAUAUUUAGUGCAAAGACUUCAUUAUCCUGAGAGAAUCAUUUUCAUCUGUCUACUUUAUCAUCACAUAGAUGCUUUCUUUCUUCACAUCAAAUUUCUAGUUUUUUCUUCUUGUGUAUUUUUCUUUCUGGGUUCUCGCUUGUUUUCUCAUUCAUCCACAACCCUUUACCAGGUUUAUAUUUAUAAGAAGAUUAUGAACCUGAAUUCUGGGAGUUGUUCAUGUGAACGGCUAUUCUUGAAUCAUUGUUCUGUGACUUGAGUUCUCAUUGGAACUGUAUAUAUCUUUUGAAGAUAUUUGUAGUUCAAAAGAAAUAUCUUCUGAAAACUGAGUUAAUUCACUGGUUUUAGAAUUGGGAUUUUUAGGGGGAGCUUCUUAUCAUUGUUCUGGUUUCAUAAGGAUAUAUACCUUUUGAAUGGGGACCGAUGUUGCUGAGGUAGUUGAGACUCUGCCAUAUCCUUAUUCCUUCAAGUUCACUAUUGCAGGUGCAUCGUGUCAUGUGCACAGAACUUAUGAAAUUGGUAGAGAGAACUGCGAAUAUAUUUCCACAAAUAGAAGCAGCUCGGCCUCGAUGCUCAUCUGGAAUUCAAGCACUAUGCUUGUUGAAUAAUGCAAUUGAAAAAGCCAAGUUAAUUCUUCAGUAUUGCAGCGAGUCUAGUAAACUCUAUCUGGCACUAACUGGGGAUGUUAUAGCCUCGAGAUGCCAGAGGUCGAGGAACUUGUUGGAACAAAGUUUGAGCCAAAUCCAAAACAUGGUUCCAGUAAUGUUGGCUGUUGAGAUCUCUCGAAUUAUUGAUGAUCUUAAGGUUGCAACUUUUGUCCUGGACUCAUCUGAAGAAGAGGCUGGGAAGGCUGUGCGAGAAUUGCUCCAGCCGGGGGCUUCUGCAUCAGAUUCACUGGAGUUCUCAGAAACCAAAGCUUUACAACUUGCUGCUCAAAGACUUCAUAUUACUACCCCAAAGACCAUCUUAAUAGAGAAAAGAUCUAUAAGGAAGUUGCUGGAUAAAGUUGGUGACAAUGAGCUACCCAAGAAAAAGAUCUUAAAGUAUCUUUUGCAUUUAUUGAAGAAGCAUGGAAAUUUAAUUAUGGAAGAGCACACAGACAAUGCCUGUGCGCAGGAUAAGGGAUCAUUUUCCGUUUGCAGUCAGCCUGUUGAAGUGGAAUAUCGUAAACGACGUGAGAAGUAUGAAGCUCAAACUGACAUCUUAAGUACAGCUAUACCCCCGGAGGAGUUUAAAUGCCCCUUAUCUUCAAAAUUAAUGUAUGAUCCCGUUAUCAUUGAGUCUGGGCAAACCUUUGAGAGGAUGUGGAUACAAAAGUGGUUGGAUGAGGGUAAUGAUACAUGUCCAAAAACUGAAAUGAAACUGGUCCGUCGAUCAUUGACUCCAAACACAGUCAUGAAGGAUCUAAUAUCAAAGUGGUGUACUAAGUAUGGAAUUGCCAUUCCUGAUCCAAGCAUUCGAACAGAAAGUCUGCACUCAUGGGAUACUUCUAUGUCCAUUGUUAGCUUUGGCAGUUCUAUGAAUGAUCUCCGGCUUCCAUUGGAUGUUAGCAAUGUAUCAAUUGGAUCUUUAGAUACUAGUUACAGCUCAGAUACCGCACACAAUAAGAUUACAGAUGGGUUAAGUUUGACAUCGAUGGAGACCAAUUAUGAUUUUCAUGGAUUUCAAGCUUCCUCAAACGUAAAUGAGGCAGAUUUAUCUAGGCUUGGUGAACUUAAGUGGGAAGAUCAAUAUAAGGUGGUUGAAAAUGUUAAAAGCCUUUUGAAGCACAAUAGUGAAGCUUGUUUUUCUCUGUCAUCAAUGAAUUUUGUUGAUCCUCUCAUGAGAUUUCUAAGGGAUGCACGAGACAAAAAUGACAUUAGAUCCCAGAGAGUUGGAUCUCAAUUGUUAUUGGCAUUUGUGAGCAAAAACAGAAGUGGAAUAGCAUGCUUGGAUGAAAAUGCGUUUGUUCUGUUGGCAUUUUUUCUUGAUUCGGAAGUGAGUGAAGAGGCUUUUGCCAUCAUUGAAGAGUUAUCUAGGUAUCGAUAUUGUAGAUCUAAAAUUGUAUCAUCUGGAGCUCUUGCCUCCAUCGUAAAGAUCCUCGACUCUGAGAACAGAGAACUCAAGGUGCAUGCUAUAAAAAUUCUGCAUAAUUUGUCGUCGGACAAUGAAACUUGUUCUCAGAUUGCACCUUCAGAGUGCAUCCCAAAAUUGGUUCCCUUUUUAAAGGAUACAACCCUUGCAGGACACUGUAUAAUAGUGUUGAAAAACUUGUGUGAUAUUGAAGGGGCUAGAGUUUCUAUUGCUGAAACCAGUGGAUGUCUGGCUUCUGUGGCUGAACUACUUGAAAUGGGAAGCCAGGAGGAACAGGAACACGGGGUGACCAUUCUCCUUUCCUUAUGUUCACAACGCGUUCAUUAUUGUCAGUUGGUUAUGAAUGAAGGUGUUAUACCUUCCCUUGUCAGUAUAUCAGUUAAUGGGAACGACAAAGGAAAGGUGAUGGCGUUGGAAUUGCUUCGUCUCUUAAGAGACGUCCAACAAUGCGAUGAGCAAGAAUGUAUUGAAUUGGAUCAUGACAAUUCUAGAGAUUCUAGCAACUACACUAAAGAAAAGAAAUCAUCUUCAAAGUCAUCUGGAUUUUUUGCAAGGAAACUUUCAGUGUUCUCAAAACCUCAGUUCGGUCGCACCAAGAAAGAAGAAACGAAACUUGGAGUUUAGCUCUUUUUCCAUUUUUGAUUUUGUGGUAGACUCAAAAUACAUAUACAAUUAUACAAGACAUAACAUAGCAUGUGAUUUAGGAUCUUCUUUGACCAAGGCUGGAGGGCUUGUAUGGCACAUCAUAUUAUAGCCAAUUUAGUUUUAGAUGAUGAAUUGUUUACUUUGCUUGUAAUUAUAAUCUCAACAUGUAGUUUUUUUUUUUUUUUUUUUUUAAGCUUUUAGUGUUUUCCAUGAUGUAUAUGCUGUCACUAUCCAGCCGUUUACUGGAUCCAAUUUAAUGUACAGUUCUACAUGGUGUGUUUGUUUGUCUUGAUGA